AUGUUGGUGAAACAUAAACAAAGUGGAACAUAUUUUGCUAUGAAAAUACUUGAUAAACAAAAAGUUGUUAAACUAAAACAAGUAGAACAUACAUUAAAUGAAAAACGAAUACUUCAAGCAAUUGAUUUCCCUUUUCUCGUCAAUAUGCAAUAUUCUUUUAAAGAUAAUUCAAAUUUAUAUAUGGUGCUUGAAUUUGUAAGUGGUGGAGAGAUGUUUUCACAUUUACGUAGAAUUGGACGUUUCUCGGAGCCUCAUUCACGUUUUUAUGCAGCCCAAAUUGUUUUAGCUUUUGAAUAUUUACAUUCUUUGGAUUUGAUAUAUAGAGAUUUAAAACCAGAAAAUUUGUUAAUAGACAAUAAUGGAUAUUUGAAGAUUACAGACUUUGGUUUUGCUAAACGGGUUAAAGGAAGAACUUGGACAUUAUGUGGUACUCCAGAAUAUUUAGCACCAGAAAUUAUUCUUUCAAAAGGUUAUAAUAAAGCUGUUGAUUGGUGGGCAUUAGGUGUUUUAAUUUAUGAAAUGGCUGCUGGUUAUCCACCAUUUUUUGCUGAUCAACCAAUUCAAAUUUAUGAAAAAAUUGUUUCUGGAAAAGUUAAAUUUCCCUCACAUUUCUCAAAUGAAUUAAAAGAUUUAUUAAAAAAUUUACUUCAAGUAGACCUUAUAAAACGUUUUGGAAAUUUAAAAAAUGGUGUUGCUGAUAUUAAAAAUCAUAAAUGGUAUGGAUCUGUUGAUUGGAUUUCUAUAUACCAAAGAAAAGAGCAACCUCAGAGCUUUUCUUCUGCGUGUUCUGCAAGAAAUCCAACUUCACAUUGCAAUGACAAACUUUUUGAAGCUCUUUAUCCAAAAAUAACAGGACCAGCCGAUACUCGGCAUUUUUUGGAGGCUAUAGACGAAUCCCUUUCUCAAAUAAUUAUUCGUGAUGAGGAUAUACAUUUUGAUAAAUUUAUUGAAGCUCCCUUCCUGCCUAAGUGUCGUGGCCCGGGCGAUUCGAGCAAUUUUGAUGAUUAUGAAGAAGAGCCAUUACGCAUCUCUGGUACUGAAAAAUGUGCAAAAGAGUUCGCCGAAUUCUAG